AUGCGUCAGAGACAAAAGAGCUUAAUCCUCAAGAUGAUUAAGUCAAUAAAAUCUAACAGGGCCAGUCCACGGAGUCCUCUUGUCCGCCCUGCACAAGGCCACACGUACGGAGACAGGGCUCUCGUGAAACAGGGGGACAUCCAACGAUACCACACUCGACCUCCCACCUCACCCUGUGCAUGGGUGGUGGAGGACAACUUUGGAAUCCAAUGGGAACUCCCAUUUUUUAUUGCAGAUUACAUCCCGCCAGUGCUGGAGGAGCUUGACCAGCAGCUAGAGAUGGAGAGGGUGCAGGCACAGCUCGAUUAUGAUCAUGGUUCCAUGCAUAGGGAGGGGAGCACAGAGGGUGGCGUGCAAGGUGGGGGACAAAUGGCGGCCGCUCCAGAAAACCAUCAAAUUAUCGAGCUUUUAGAGGAGGAGGAGAGGCUCGAUCUGCCUGAGUAGGUGG